UAUGCACGAAAAACAAAAUACACCUUGAAGACUAGAGUAUUUUCCGGCUGAUCGCCAAGGGCUUCUAUUUAUGCGAUCUUUAUUAUCAAGACAUUUUAGCAUGGAUGCUUUAAAGUUUCUUCUCCAUCACCUUGUGACAUAAAAAGACUUCACAAUCUAGAAUUUGACUUGAAAAUGGCAAAGUCACAAAGGUUCAAUUCUGAAGAAGAGACAAAUUUUCUCAAAGGAGGCCUGCUGGUUGCAAACAUAAUUCCCAAUGGAGUCAGAGAAUUUUUACAGCAGCAUUUCAUUAAAGCCUCAAAAUAUAAUGAAAACAAUGAUCUGACGUCUGAGGCAAUGGAAUUCCUUGAGAAUAUUAGUGACCAUAAUUUUCAGGAGCUCUGCACAGUGGCUGGCCAAAUUACAAUGGACGAUGAUGCAAAUACUGGUAUAAACCACUUGAUAAAUGCUCGUGAGGAAUUCUUUAAAAAUGUGAGGAAAGACCAUCUCUCAAAUCAUGAACUAGAGAAUUUACUUCAGGAAGUCCACAAAGGCUACACAAAUCUGAGUCUUCCUUUAGAUGUGUUAAAUGAUCUGUCUGAAAAGAUGGCCUUUAGUAAUGAAGAACAAUUGAAAAUUCAUGAGCAACUAAGCAAAGAGACAAGGACAUUUUGUCAACUGGUGACUUCUCAAUCUCCUUCUCUUAUUCACAGGUCUAGGGAAGUUUCUUUUGUUUUAAAAGAAUUAGAUGAGGUUAAACGUUCAAUCUCUGUAGGAAAUGCAACUGUUUAUAUUUGUGGUCCUAGUGGCUGUGGAAAAAGUGAACUAGCAAGACAAGCUGCUUUAACGUUGUUUAAUCAGCAUAUUACUGCUGCAAACGAUCCUGCAAUGGUUGUGGCAGUUCUUGAUGCGGAAACUGAAGAUUCCCUAUUGUACUCCUACAUAAAAUUUGCAAAAGAUAUCUUGGGGAACUCUUUACACAUCAAAGUGGCAGUGACUUCAAGGGGUUUGAUGGCUGGACAAAAAAUAAGACUUUUAAAGUGUAUUAUUGAACGGCAAUUAAAACGGUACUCCAAGUGGGUCAUAAUCAUUGAUAAUGUUCAUUGUUUGGAAGAAUUCUCUUCGUACUGGCCUAAGCCUGGAAGUGAAGAAUGGGGAUGUGGACAAAUCAUCGUGACAUCAACUGACAGCAUUGCCACCCAGACCUUCUGUUACCAGCAGUCAGGACAUGUGACCAUCUCACGUGGAAUGCAGCCUUCAGAAGCCAUUGAACUAUUGUGUGGAGUUUCUGGAAUUACAAAUAAAGAUGAUGCUCUGGAAGUUGCAGAAAUGCUUGAGUUCCAACCCCUUGCUUUGAGUUGCGCAGCAACCUUUGUCAAAAAUCUUUCAGGUAAAAAUGAAAAUGGACAUUGGAAAACGUACCAGGAAAGUUUUCAGAAACCGAGGGAACUCUAUGGAAAAGAGUUUUGCCAAGUGAAUGAAGGAAAUCAUUCUGAACUCAGCCUAGUGGCCAUCAAGAUGCUUGUCGACCAACUCUCUGCACAACACAAGCUUAUCCCCUCAAUACUCUUCUUGCUUUCAAUUUUUGAUCCUAUUCCUGUAAACAAGAAUGUGAUAUUGGACUGCUUCAAAGAGCUGGAUGAUACAGAUGUGGAAACUACUCUUCAAACACUGCUUAGUACACCAAUCUUAGAUGCAGAAAACCAUCAAGACAAUUUGGCAUUUUUAUCGUCUCGUUGUAGUAAGAUGUGCAAUCACUAUAUUGAUCUAGAAUUGACAGAUGCUAGGAAAAUAUCAAUCCUUGGCUCUGCAAUAAGAGCAGUUGCACUCCAGCUAAAUAGCCCGGCAUGCUUUAAAAGUGAAGCCAACGACACCACCUAUUUUCAGUCGUUUGUAGCUGACAAGCUGAUGAGCAGGGUUAGAAAAUUAAACACGGAACAAAGAAAAGAACUAGUGGAAGUGCUCGAGAAGUUUGGUGAUCGAAUAGCUGCUGCAGAUAUGUUACUUGACUUUGGAAAGCAAUGUCAAGGGAUUCAGAGCCUGAAAAAUGCACAAAUGUCUUUUGAGUUGGCGAAAGAAAUUCUACUAGAAAAUGGUAAGAUUCAUUCUUUCUUCGAGCCUAAACUUUAUUCUGUGCUUCGAGGAUUAGGAGACGCCAGUGAUAAUGCCGAUGUUGAAACCAAACGCUAUUAUGAAGAAGCUUUAAAGAUUUGUAGGAACCUAAAGAAUGACAAUGACAUGCAUUCACUCGCAGAAGCCAUUGAUGAUCUUGGUGAUGUGACAAUUAGUUUUGGAGAAACAACUGAGGCUAAAAAAUUGUACAUGGAGGCGCUAGAACUCCGAAAAGAAGACCCUGAUUAUGAUAGGGUGGAUAGUAUCUAUGUUUCAUGGUUUAAACUUGGUAAUGUCUAUGCCAUUGAAGGCCAUUUCGAGCAGGCUAAGGAGCACUAUGAGAAAGCACUAGAAAUAUGGGAUACUUACAAGUCUGAGGCACUUGAUUGUGAGUUGGUUAAAGUCCUCACAUGCGUUGGUGCGAUGUCAAUUUGUGUGGAUGAAUUUGAUUCAGCUUUGAAUUAUCUUAAACGAGCGAUGAAGUUGGAGGAAAGACUGCUAGGUCUAUAUCAUCCUUACCGCUUGAGUACUAUCAAGAAUGCGUCCAAUGCAUGCAAGGCGUUGGGUGAUACUGAACAAGCAGAAAAAUUACUGAAACAGUCUCUUGAAAUAUUUGACAAAGUCGUCGGGUCGUUAGACAACGAAGCUGCACAGAUUUACAGCGAACUUGGUUCACUCUGCGCAGUAAAAGGCGACUGGGAAACAGCAAUAGAAUGUCAUAGUCGAUCUUUGAAGAUCCGAGAGGAAACCCUUUGCCAGCUUCAUCCAGACAUUGCAAAUAGUUGUUGCGAUCUUGGAAACGCUUACAACAACUUGGGAGAAUUGGAGAAAGCGAAAACGUUCCUUGAAAGAUCGCUGGGGAUUCGAGGACUGCUGUUCAAGAGAACCCACCCAGACGUAGGAACAUCGUACUUUUGUCUUGGAGAAGUGUACAACAAGCUUGAUGAUCAUCAAACGGGUUUAAACUUGCUAGAGAGAGCCGUUGAAAUCCGUACUCGGAAUUUUGGUGUGCAGGAUCCAGAGACCUUGGCAUCGAUUAAGCUUCUUGGGAACUCUUUUGCGCGGCUUGGGCAGCUAAAGAGGGCUAAGGACCUCUACCAAACUGUAGCAGACGAGCAGUCAAAGUUCAAAGACAAGGAAACAGAUCUUGCGCAUAUUUCCUCAAGUUUAGCAGAAGUAAGCUUAGGACUUGGRGAAGUAGAUGAGGCCAAAGAACAAUACAAACGAGCCAUAGAUUUCCAGAAAAGGGCGGCAGGCGAUGACCAUCCAGAAAUGGCGCGCCCUAUCGUUGGUCUUGCGCUUGUACACGAGCAUUGCAAGGAGUUCAAAGAAGCCAAGAGUUUGCUUGAAAAAGCACUUGUUAUUUAUAAGAGGAAUGCGAAGAGUCAUUCCAAAGUACUUAUAACAGAAAUGCAUCUUAAGAGAGUGAUGGCUAAGCUUCCGCAACCUCGCUGUUCAGUCAUGUAAUGUUUUGGGACAUCAAGUCGGUUAAUCUUUAGCUUCCUUGAUUUAAAGUUUAGAAGAGAUUUCAAUCAGUUGAAUGUAAAAACAAAGGAUGGCCUGUUGCUGCAYAUGGCAAAGGCGUUUUCUGAGUUCGAUAAACAGCAUUUAAUACCCAUCUAAUACCACUUAUGACGAAUGAAAGAAUAUUGGUACCUAAGCCAGACUACAAUGUUUGCCAUCUCAUCAGUAAAAGAUUUAUAGUGGAAUUUUUUGAUUAAGAGUGAAGGGAGGGAUUGAGUUUGCAUUUGAAUCCAAAAUUUGUUUUUGAUAAGAGAAUGGCAUCAUAGUUGAAAAUUCUAUUCUAAAGGUUGGGAUUCGCGUAGAUUUUUGGCGUGCAUUUUAGUGCAAUAAUAAAAACAAUCAGAGGAAAAUAUGGAGAUUUCAGUAACAAAGAAAGGUCUCAGUGGAAAGAUGUAAUAUUUAUUUCAAAUAUUUAUAAAAUAUUGCGUGUUCCUG